CAAAAAGCUAACGAUUUAAACAAAAAUCGAGUAAACUUCACCAAUAAAACGAAGUGAGCUGGCCGCCAUCUUGCGAAUCAUGGAUUCUGAUACACUUCAUGUCAUCCUACAUGACGAAAAACCGUUUCCGCCGCUGAUUUUAUGUUGCGUAAAAGACUAAGACAAAACGCCCAGGGACGGGUCCCUGCGGAUACCGGCUGUUUAGACCGAGCUGUUCGGCUGGGAGAACACAUUGGAAUCCUACGUUCAGUUGCAUAGCACCGAACCUGCUGACGGUGACGACAUUUUCCAGAAAUACAGUAAGUCUUCAUUUCUGUUGUUUUGAUCGGCGCCAUGAAGUGUUCGUCUCUUCUGCUCGUUUUCGGAGUUCUUCUUCCAAGUUUUCAUCUUCAUUGUGCAGCCUUCAAAUAUCGUGACUCGCGUCACCAUGGCAGAUCUUUGUUGGAGGCCGAAAACACGAUAGACGAAGUUCGUCACCACCGAUAUAGAAGAAAUGUUCCUAUUAUAAAUAACACCGAAUGUCAGAAUGAAAGCUUGUCUUGUAACGAUACGACAACUCAGGAAGACCAUAAAUAUUAUGUAUCCCAGAUUAUCAAAAAUGGUCAAGAGUAUUGGAUAAAUGUUCGAGGAAAUAAAAAUCACAAAGUUCAUCCUUACCUUUCGGACAGUUAUCUUCUUAGGCAGACGCACAAGUUGAGUUUUCAGUUUCCCUACUAUGGUCACUUGCUUAAUGAAGUAAUGCUUACAACAGGAGGUUUCCUGUACAUGGAUGUACAUGACACUAAGCUCAUGACACAGGUUCAGUAUCUAGCACCACUAAUGGCGUACUUUAAUCCUCAUUUGAGCAAGGACUCAAAGGUUUACACACUUGAUGAUGAAUCAAAGUUGACUGUAGAGUGGUAUAACGUUCAUCUACAUGUACAUGAGAACGCUACUGAUAAACCAUUCACCUUCCAGUGCACCCUACAUAAAGAUGGCAGAAUCUGGUUUGCAUACAAACAGAUCCCAAUUGAAGUAGGAAAGAUUCCUUCCUUGCCAUACCACCCAGUGAAAGUUGGCAUAGCAGAUGCUUUUGUCAUCAGGCAUCUAGACACCCGAAGGAACAUUCUCUUCCGAUAUUUUUACAUAUAUAGCGCAAUUAACAUCUCCAAGGACAGUGUUGUUAACAAUGCAGCAGUGAUAUUUCAACCUCUGCUAAGUUAGUAAAUGUUAAAUGUGUAGAACUUUCCAGAAAAUAUCCAU